GGUGGACGGUACAUCAGGACUCCAAGAUGAUCUCUAACAGCUUUAAAGUCCUUUUGAUUGUCCUGAUGUCAUCUGCACUCCUUGUUACUCUGGAUGCUGGUGGUAAGGACUGCACAACAGAAUUACCAGUGCCGCAAAACACCAAUUAUGAAGCGAUUAUUGGACAGAAACUUUGGAUUGAAUGUCCAGUCGUAUUCUGCAGUAACACACCACCAACAGUUUACUGGUAUAAAAUUGAGGAAAAACAUGUUCGUCUUGCUGCCAACAAUAGAAGUCACAUUAAAAUAGGGUGGGAGCAGAAAAAGCCUCUAGAAGGGGUCUUAUACCUUUUCUUCGAAAAGAUCCUCAGGAGUCACUCUGGAGGAUAUCGAUGUCGAAGUGGAAGCAGUCUGAGCCAUCUAAUUAAAAUCACAGUUAUUGAGUGUGGUGAUGAACCUCAGGAUGUAGUCUGGCUAUACAUGUAUCGUGUUUUUGGAUUCGGGGGGGUUUUCAUCACAGUGAUUUCCAUAUGUGUCGUAUCAAAAACAAUGCUUAAAGGAAGAUGCAGAAAGACAGCAGAUCCAAUUCCCCAGCCUUCUGAUGAAGUCACUGAAGAUAAUCUGCUCUGAUUUCAAU